AUGUCAUAUUUUUAUAACAGAUAAUAAGAUUAAAUAUUACCUUUACCUCAUGGUUACUAAUAAAAUCAAAAUGCUGAAGCCCAUACAAAAUAGACAAAUCAUUAAUACUUUUUAUCUUAAGCAAUAAAUCAAUCACCAAAAGAAAAUGAUCUUAAAAUCGAGAUCACACCCAUUAAUAAUUAAAAUGAUAAUCUAACUCCAUAAAGAAAUCGAAUCUUUGGAGAAGUACCUGAAAUUAAAGUAAGAUAAGAAUUAACCUAAACAAGAUAUAAAUCUACACCAGGUAAAAGGCAUAGAAUUUUUGAAUAAGAUAAUAGCGUUGAUUUUACUCAUCAAAAAAUUGAAUAUUAAUAAAUGACAAGAAUCUCAAAUAAUAAUAAUAACAUCAAAUCUUUACUUUUAUAAGAAGUUGAAACUAUUAAAUAAAAAUCUUAGCUCUAUUCAGGAUCAUACUCAUAAUUACUCUAAAAAGUAUCAAUUAAUUAAAUUGUAGUUAAUCUAAAUUUUUGAGAACAAGUCAGAUCAUUAAAACUUAUAAUUAGAUCCUGAAUUUAAUAAUAUUAUAUUUAAAAUACGUACAUUGCAAGGUCUUGAUAUAAGUGAUAAAAUUUAAAUUGAGAAAAUAAUCAAAUAGAUUGUUAAUCAAGAUGAAAAAUUAUUAUUUUAAGGUUUGGUUAAAGAAUUGAUAUAAAAUGAAUGGAUGUAUUGGAUAGAGCCCUUAUAUUAUGAUAUAAAGCAAUAAUAAAUACCAAAAUAACAAUGGAAAUCAUUCAUUGAAAAACAAAAACAAAUUUAUCAUGUAUGA